AUGAAUCAACCAACUCAGGAUAUGUUCCCAUCUGGGACAAGACUCACAGUUGGUUCACAUAAUGUACAAAUUAUAAACUACCUUACUAGUGGAGGAUUUGCCCAGAUAUAUUCCUGUAAAAUUUUGAGUCCAGAAAUAGGCCAGGCAUGUUUAAAAAGAGUUCUUGUACCUGAUAAGCAAAGCUUAAACACUUUAAGGGCGGAAGUGGACGCCAUGAGAGCCUUAAAGGGCCACAAGUACGUUGUUUCAUACAUAGAUUCACAUGCUGCGAAAUCUCCGCUUGCCAAUGGUACAUAUGAGGUGUUUCUACUAAUGGAAUUUUGUUCCAAAGGUGGUUUAAUUGAUUAUAUGAAUGCAAGGUUGCAAGACCGCCUAAAGGAAUUCGAAGUGUUGAAAAUUAUGAACAAUGUGACUCAAGGAAUUCUAGCUAUGCAUUCACUACAGCCUCCGCUAAUUCACCGUGACAUAAAGAUUGAAAACGUUCUUAUCGCAGAGAAUGGGGACUUCAAAGUUUGUGAUUUUGGUUCUGUCUCAGGCGUCAUUAGGCCGCCAAGAAAUACAUAUGAAUUAAACUAUGUUCAGCACGACAUCCUAAAAAAUACAACGGCACAAUAUAGGGCUCCUGAAAUGAUAGAUUUAUAUCGCGGCUAUCCAAUUGAUGAAAAAACUGAUAUUUGGGCAUUAGGUGUAUUUUUAUACAAAAUAUGUUACUAUACUACACCAUUUGAGAAGUCCGGUGAAUCAGGAAUUCUACAUGCAAAAUUUCAGUUUCCGGCUCACCCUUUGUAUAGCGAUCGAGUGAAGAAUCUAAUUGGGUUGAUGCUUAGGGAAAAUCCUAUUCAGAGACCAAAUAUUUGUCAGGUCUUGGAGCAAGUUUGUCGCAUACAAGGAAUACCAUGUCCAGAACGGAAUUUCUAUCUUGAUAGAGCAAUGAGCUGGCAAGCUAUGAAUUCUUUAACUCCUGUUGUCAGUCAAGCGGUGGUUCCAGCAGUGAACCUGGUAAAUCCAGCCAAUCCAACCAAUUCAGUGCAAUCAGUGACACCGGUUAAAGCGGUGACACCAGUUAAAGCAGGUACGCCAGUUAAAGCAGGUACGCCAGUUAAAGCGGUGAAGGCAACAAUGUCAGUGCAUCAGCCAGCUUCUGCUCUCACCCCAGUCCAUAUUCCUUAUGUUACCCCUAAACCAGACCCGUUUGAGCCGCUAAAGAUCUCCAUGGCGGAAAAGGAGGGGUUAACAUCGCGCGUGACUGGAAAGCAUCUUCAGAAGUUGGCGAAUAAUAAGUCCUUUUUUUCUUCGCCUAAUGUUGCUGGUACAAUAGAAUCUGUGAAUCCUGCGAACAAUGGACAUAGUGGUCCCUCGAAGCUAAUAUCAGCUAACUCUACUAGCAAUAUUCGGCCUCCGUUCUAUGUUGAUUCUGAGACCCAGACUGUUGAUAGUAAUGAAAUCCGUCCAUACGAAUUUAACACUUCGCCUUCCCUUUCAUCGUUAUCCUCGCGUGAGUUUGCAUCUAGUCCAAGUCCUGUCAACAAUACAACUGAUACCAUACGUCCAAAGCUGCAUCAAGAAAAUUCCAAUAUAAAGAAAGAUAUUAAUAACAAUAUUUCUUUGAGCACUGGCGAUAGCGGCGCCGUUUCCUAUUUUUCAAAUGCAUCGUUUAAAGAACGAUCUGCCGUUGGUAAUAGGUACUCAGGUCAAUCUGCCCAAGCUCGAACACGCAAUCCUGAAACUAAAAAUCCAGUUAAUACGAUUAAUGAACAUGGAAAUAUCUUGUCCCUAGUGCCGAAUAGUGCCGGGCAGAUAUCAAUUCAAGAACGAGUACUAGAACUCUUGUCUAAAUCUAAUCAAUCGGAAGCAGGUACAGGAGACAAGAAUUUUGAAGAAUAUUCUAUAAAGACGGGAUCUGAAGCAACUCGCAGUGCAUUGAGUAGUAAUAUUAAACCAAGUAGUGGGAAUUCACCAGUAUCUGUUUCUAAUGUGUCAAUUAGAAGUGGUCCAAAACUUCCACCUAAGAAAGAUAUGCAGAAGAAAAGUAAUAAAGCUACAGAGAUAAAAGGUAAGAAAGUGCCGCCACAGAAACCAAAUAAACCUGAGCACUUGAGGCUGAAAGCUUCUUCGAAAGCCUAA